ACUUUCCCAUCCGGCAGGGAGGAUCAGGUCCCCAAACUCCGCAGCGGAACUACAACUCCCAGGACCGUAGCUACCCGGACUCCCGGAAGUCCAUGCCCCUCCGGGCGGAAGUAGCUGAGACCCAGCCAAGAGGCCGGGGGUUAAUUCAACUAGAAAAAGUGGGCGGGAAGGGCUGCUGGGCACCUGUCAAUCCGCCACCAUGAACGUGGUUUUUGCUGUGAAGCAGUACAUUUCGAAAAUGAUAGAGGACAGCGGGCCGGGUAUGAAAGUACUUCUCAUGGAUAAAGAGACGACUGGCAUAGUGAGUAUGGUAUACACACAAUCAGAGAUUCUUCAAAAGGAAGUGUACCUCUUUGAACGUAUUGAUUCUCAAAAUCGAGAGAUCAUGAAACACCUGAAGGCAAUUUGUUUUCUUCGACCUACGAAGGAGAAUGUGGAUUAUUUGAUUCAGGAGCUUCGAAGACCCAAAUACAGUAUAUAUUUUAUUUAUUUCAGUAAUGUGAUCAGCAAGAGUGAUGUGAAGUCAUUAGCUGAAGCUGAUGAACAGGAAGUUGUGGCCGAGGUUCAGGAAUUUUAUGGUGAUUACAUUGCUGUGAAUCCACAUUUGUUUUCCCUCAAUAUUUUGGGUUGCUGUCAGGGUCGAAAUUGGGAUCCAGCUCAACUAUCCAGAACAACUCAAGGACUGACAGCUCUCCUUUUAUCCCUGAAGAAGUGUCCUGUUAUUCGUUACCAGCUUUCAUCAGAGGCCGCAAAGACACUUGCAGAAUGUGUUAAACAAGUGAUAUCUAAAGAAUAUGAACUGUUUGAAUUCCGCCGGACAGAAGUUCCUCCAUUGCUGCUUAUUUUAGAUCGCUGUGAUGAUGCCAUCACCCCAUUGCUCAACCAGUGGACAUAUCAAGCCAUGGUCCAUGAACUACUGGGCAUAAAGAACAAUCGAAUUGAUCUUUCCAGAGUCCCGGGGAUCAGUAAAGACUUAAGAGAGGUCGUCCUGUCUGCUGAAAAUGAUGAGUUCUAUGCUAAUAAUAUGCACCUGAACUUUGCAGAGAUUGGUAGUAAUAUAAAGAAUCUCAUGGAAGACUUCCAAAAGAAGAAACCAAAAGAACAGCAAAAACUAGAAUCAAUAGCAGAUAUGAAGGCCUUUGUUGAGAAUUACCCACAGUUCAAGAAGAUGUCUGGGACUGUGUCGAAGCAUGUGACAGUGGUCGGAGAACUGUCUCGGUUGGUCAGUGAGCGGAAUCUACUGGAGGUUUCGGAGGUUGAGCAAGAACUGGCCUGUCAAAAUGACCAUUCGAGUGCUCUCCAGAAUGUAAAGAGGCUCCUGCAGAACCCUAAAGUGACAGAGUUUGAUGCUGCCCGCCUGGUAAUGCUUUAUGCUUUACAUUAUGAGCGACACAGCAGCAACAGCCUGCCAGGCCUCCUAGUGGACCUCAGGAAUAAAGGUGUUUCUGAGAAGUAUCGAAAGCUUGUGUCUGCAGUUGUUGAAUAUGGUGGCAAACGGGUUAGAGGAAGUGAUCUUUUCAGCCCCAAAGAUGCUGUGGCUAUAACCAAACAGUUCCUCAAAGGAUUGAAGGGAGUAGAAAAUGUAUAUACACAGCAUCAGCCUUUCCUGCAUGAGACCCUGGACCAUCUCAUCAAAGGGAAGCUUAAGGAAAGCCUCUAUCCUUAUGUAGGCCUCAGCACACUGAGAGACAGACCUCAGGAUAUCAUUGUGUUUGUAAUUGGAGGAGCCACCUAUGAAGAGGCUCUGACAGUUUAUAACCUGAACUGUUCCACUCCUGGAGUGAGAAUUGUCCUGGGAGGAACCACUGUGCACAACACAAAAAGUUUCCUCGAGGAAGUGCUGGCCUCGGGACUGCACAGCCGAAGCAAGGAGAGUUCGCAAGCCAUAUCGAGGUCAGCAAGUCGAAGAUGAGCGGGUGAUGGAGACUGGGAUCGUGGCCCUUCCUGGACCCUCCCCCCAGGCCUUCCCCAGUGACCACAGGGGCUGGACAGGGGCUUGUGCCUGUGGCUGUAACUCAUCUCCAGGCAGGCCGCUGGCUCCUGAACUGUUGGCACAGACCAUGGCUCCCAGAGAUGAGAUGAGCAUAAGUCUGAGCCAUUGCAACCCGCUCCUCUUGUAUUUUAUCAAGUAAAUAGUUAUUUCUUUGUGUUUCUGACAGCAUAGUCACUUCAGCUGCUGAUGGAUUCUGUGGGGAUCUUACUUGGGAAGGGGGUUAUCAGAGCCAAGAGGGGUCUAAAAAAGUAAUCAUGCCACUCUCCUCCGUGCCCUCUUCCCUGGAGCCCUUUCUUUCCAUUAACCACAUUCCUGCACAGUGUGUUCCUGAGAACUCACCUUGUUUCUUUAGAGAGCCAUCCAAAAAUUGUUUGUCCCUACACUGCAAUUUCUGUGGCACUAAGAAACCAUGUUAUGACUACAAUAAAAAUGCAUUCUGUGAAUA